AUGGAAUCUAGACUGAAAAAACCAUCCCAAGAAAAUUUUAACGCCAAAGCAAAACAAGUAGUUUCUCGAUUUAAUUCAAAAAUUGGCCACAUCGCAUCCAAAUCCAUGCUUGAUAAGCUUCCAAAAGCUCAAUCAUCAUUUCAUUCUAAUUUAUCUCAGACUAACAGUAAUCAUCCCCAUCCAACAGCAAUUCCUUCAUAUCCCCGUAUACAAAAAUUAUCAGUAUCCCAAAGCUUUAAACAAAAACCUAAGACCUUACAAACCGUCAGAAGCACUUCCCAAGAGUCAAAACCAAGCCUAAAGCUAAAUCUCAAAGAAAUUUUAACUAAAAAAGUCAAUGAAAACCUAAAAUCUGAUAGAAAUGGAUACAUAAAGCCUAUCCCAAAGCCUGCAGCACAUAAUAAAGCCAUGAGUCUAGAAAGCUCAUUUUCAGGACAAACGUCAAAAAGGUGCAAAACAAGCAGGGAGUUUUUAGAUACCUUAAAAGAAGAUAAAGAAAAUUUUGACGAAAAUUCAUCGAGAAGUGUAUUAUCAAUCAUAUCUAAAGAAAAAUUAUUAAAGUCACCGAAUAUACAAGCUCUUUGUAAAAACAGUUUUGAGAUGUCCUUAGACGACUUAGAGGCCAAACUUACGUGCUUUUAUAAAAGCUUGCCUCAAUAA